UUUUUCCAAAUAUUAAAAAAAAACGCCGGCUGCAACUGCAAUCGGCGACGGUGAACCAUAGAGCAGCCGGCAGCGUCGCCGUCGCGCCGCUCCCGCACUGCUCCCCUGCCCCGGCCGCCGCCGCCGUCGUCGUCCGCCCGCUCACCGCUGAUCGAUGACCGCCCGCUCUGGCGCUCGGCCUUCGCCCCGUUUCUGCCCUCGCCCCUCAGCCGCCUCGGCGCCUGUCCGAGACCGACGUCCUCUCUCCAUCCAGUCAGUUGACCAGCUCGACUGCUCUAGCUCGUGCUCUCCGUCGCGGAUUUGAUUUCUUCCUUUCAGCCCAACCCAGCCCAAAGCCGCCAGAUCGCGGCACUCCGUCCAACCCUCGGCGCCACCGAUCCCCUUCUCCACCCCCUCUCCUCCUCGUCGUCGGUGAAGAUGAUUCCCCAGAGCCAGAGCAGCUCCCUGCAGCGCCUUCAACACGUCGAGAAGCGGAUAGUGCGGGUGCUGGAGCUUGCGGGAGCGGUGAUGGAGGAGCUGGGAUACUCUCAGGGCCCUCGCACCGAUGCAGUCGGCGCGCACUGCCGCGAGUUCAUGAUGGCUAUGAAGGAAAUUCAAACGACACUGCGUGAGGAAAUCAAAAGUGCUUGCGAAUACCGUCCAUUUGAAAAGUGUGAUUACAGCGCAAGGAUUGCUAAUGAGAUAUGUUGCAAGAAGCUGGAGUAUGUACUCGAGAAGUUGGAUACAAUGCAACAAAACCUUGAACAGAGCACUGAUAAUGUUUAGCGAGCUGGCUACAUAUUAGUAAGUGUACCCCCUUUUUUUUGCAAUAAAGUGUAAACUCUUAGCAAAUAAGGACUACUGUAUAAUGAAAGAAUCCGUUUAAUCAAGUGAUGUUCUCAAUACUCUGCCUGCAGUGGUAGAGUUGGUGAAUUAGCUCUUUUCAGUUCCUGGUACAUGCAAAAUGCAACCAGUAUACACUACAUGACUUCCGUUGCAUUAUACGUUACAUGUCUACAGGGACUUUUAUUUUGAUUUGUGAAUUUGCUUGCAGAAGUUCUUUCAAUUUGUAUCUUGAUGUUAGCCUUCAUCUUCUCAUCCUCGAUGUGUGAUUCUGUUGUUUGUGAGGGUAAUGUUUAACCAGACAUUUGUAUGCAAAUACUAUGCUGAUAUCAUCUGGUAUGUGCUUUUGUAAUAUGUUUAUUUGGUUUGGUGAUGUCUGGGUUAGGUAUCUUCCUGUGUGCUUCCAUAUGUCCACAAGGGGGUAGUCCUCUUUUUUUUGCCCCAUCGUCCAUAUGUCCUGUAUACUUCCAUAUGUCCUGUUUGAAUACAAAGCUAAUCACUAGCCAGCUAAUUAUAUGUAGCCCAUCCAAACAGGGAGCUAAUAAGUGGGCUAAUUUUUAUCCCAAUCCCCAACCAGUCACUGGCCAACUAGCUGAGGAACCCCAUCUAGUUUGGGCUAAAAGCGUGUACCAACCGCUCAAACACCAAAAAUCCCCUGAUUCUAUAAUAAUCUCUUCUGGUACUCAUCCUUGACAGGUUGUCUGCCUAUCUUCUAAAUGAGGAACUGGUUUCCUGAGUUAAAUUACUCAUACUCUGCUGAUUACUUUCAGGUUGGGAAUACAACAGAUAUCUGAUCGAUCAGUAUGCAGAAGGAAUGUAGAAGCAUUCUAUCAACUCAUGAUUGGAGGAACUCUGGGAUUGUAACUUGUGAUUCCAUGUUCUGUGGCAGAGUUAUUAGUUUUGGCUGCCUGCUGAUGUCCAGUAGCAUAGCAAUGGGUCCUUGGGCUUGAAGUCGUGGGAUUUUGAGGCACUAUUUUUACCGACGAGAAUUUCCUCUUCUGUAUUUUAUCGACUUGCUUCAUCCUUAAAACAUGCCUUUGGUACAUUGUUAACCCAUUUCUUC